GAGAGAGGUGGACGUUAACUGUUUACAUACAGCUGUACUAGUUUUUGCGAAGAUUUAUUUAUUUAUUUAUUUAUAUAUUUUUUUAACAAAAAUAUUUAGCCAGGUGCGCUUUUUUUAUUUAAAUCAUCAGAAAACUUAGAUAUAACACUUCAGAGCCUAUAACGGGGGGCUAACUGUUACCAGUGGUACACUUUCAACCCUGGUAUCUACGUUUUUGGGGUAAUCGGAAAACCUGCUGAAACAGCUUGUAAACUUGUGUGUGAGUUAGUGUUUUAACAUCCCUGCAGUGAAAGAUGGAUUCGUUUAUGCUAUCUGUAAACGGCGUCUUGUACACUGAAGCUCCUGAGAUUCAAAGAAAAAGAGACCCGUUCUCGGGCCCGGACGAGUCCAUAGCACCUUGGAACUUCACACUUUUGGCAGCGUUAAUGUUCUUUAUAACAUCUUUGUCACUUUCUGAGAAUUUUAUUGUGAUGCUUGUGACGUUUAAGUUCAAACAGUUGAGACAGCCCUUGAAUUAUAUCAUUGUCAACUUGUCUCUGGCUGAUUUUCUGCUCUCUCUAAUUGGCGGGACUAUUAGUUUUCUGACUAAUUGUAAAGGUUAUUUCUUCAUGGGAUCUUGGGCUUGUGUACUGGAAGGAUUUGCAGUUACAUUCCUCGGGAUUGUUGCUCUUUGGUCAUUGGCAGUUCUCGCCUUUGAACGCUUUUUUGUGAUCUGCCGUCCACUGGGUAAUAUUCGCUUACGGGGGAAACAUGCUGCCUUUGGACUGUUGUUCGUAUGGUCCUUCUCUUUCAUCUGUACCAUCCCGCCUACCAUGGGUUGGAGCAGCUACACUGUCAGCAAGAUUGGGACAACCUGCGAACCUAACUGGUAUUCAGGGAAUUACUUUGACCACACAUAUAUAAUCACAUUCUUUGUAACCUGCUUUAUACUGCCAUUGGGCGUAAUCAUUGUAUCAUAUGGAAAGCUCAUGAGAAAACUAAGAAAAGUGUCAGAUACUCAAGGACGCCUGGGUAACACAAGGAAACCAGACAGAGAAGUUGCGCGCAUGGUCAUUGUAAUGAUCCUGGCAUUUAUUAUCGGCUGGACACCCUACUCUGUUUUUUCCAUUCUUGUCACAGCAUGCCCGAAUAUUCAUCUGGAUCCACGGCUGGCCGCAAUCCCAGCCUUUUUCGCCAAAACGACCACGGUUUACAACCCGGUGAUAUAUGUGUUUAUGAACAAGCAGUUCAGGAAAUGUUUGAUUGAUCUGUUCAACUGCAACACAAACGCAGCAGGGUUGAACGCCAACCAGACUACAGAUAGGGGGGCUACGACUGCUCAAAGCAAUGAUGGAGAGAUGUCUACCAUCGCUGCCUGCAUUGCCACUUCAAACAAAGCUGCUGGGAAAACAGAGGAAGAAGAAAACCGAUGUAGCUCCUUUGCUCAAGUGUCAAUUCCUGACAACAAAAUCUGUCCCAUGUAAAGGGAGGUGCAGCUUCUGCUACUUCAUUUAUUCCUCAGUUAUUUUACAUUAUUUAUUUUACAAAGAAAUGAUGGCAUUUUUAGGUAGUCUAUACAUAUAUAUUUUGCAUCACCCCAUAGAACUAACUCAUUUUGCUUCCUGAAGUCGAAUGAAACCUGCUGAAUAAUGUUAUGUUAACAUACUGAAUUACAUACCGCUUUGUACUUUGAAAACUGUGACAUUUAAACAUUUAAAAUGAAAUACUUUACUACUAUUAUGACUUCCGGUAGACUUUUGCAAUAUAAUUGUGUAGUUUCUUUGAUAACAUAUUAAAUAAAAGAUCUACAUUAUGUUCAGAGAGAGAGAGAGAGAGAGAGAGAGGGAGAGGGAGGGAGGAAGAGAGGAUUAUGCCUAUGAUACCUGG